CCUAGCCGCGUUCCUCGCCUUACCGAAAGACCGACAGCUUGGGGCCUUGAGUAGAUCUAUGCAUGAAAUGGCCGCUGAUAUGCAGAAAAAGCUGCGCAUUAAUGUGAUUGAAAAUAAAAAGCUAAUCAAGAAAUUUAAUAAUUUUGAGGACUUUUUCGCGAAUGUUUCCAGCACUGGCAAUAAAAAGGCCUUUAAAAUACAGCCCGCUGACAAUGCUUUUAUACGAUUUACCUACUCCAAGGCCGCGGGUAAUGCCACACAGGGAAAACAACAUCGCAAGCAACCGAAAUACUUUUUAAAUUUCGAUUUCAAGAACUAUAGAAAUCCCAAGCAGCAAAAUGACGAGCAGCAAAAGUCGUUUGAAGAGCACAAUGUACGGUCAGUUCGUACAAAGGGGCCGGGACCCAUCAAACCCUAUAAAUACUUUCCACUCAAGGGUGAAGAUAUUUAGUGCAUUAAUUUUCAAAACAAAUAAAUGUUUCAUUUCAAAA